AUGGUGUCCUGGAUCAUCUCUCGCCUGGUGGUGUUCCCCUUCUACUUUGAGCUCAAGAUCGCCUUUGUGAUAUGGCUGCUGUCCCCUUAUACCAAGGGCUCCAGCGUGCUCUACCGCAAGUUCGUGCACCCGACACUGUCCAACAAGGAGAAGGAGAUCGACGAGUACAUCACUCAGGCCCGAGACAAGAGCUAUGAGACCAUGAUGAGAGUGGGCAAGAGGGGCCUGAACCUGGCCGCCAAUGCUGCGGUCACAGCUGCUGCCAAGGGCCAGGGGGUGCUGUCCGAGAAGCUCCGAAGCUUCAGCAUGCAGGACCUGACCCUGAUCCGGGACGAGGACUCCCUGCCCCUGCACGGGCCUGACGGCCACCUCCGACCCGGCCCCGGCAGCCUCCUGGACACCAUUGAGGACCUAGGAGAUGACCCUGCCCUGAGCUUAAGGUCUAGCACGAACCAGGCAGAUUCCCGGACAGAAACCUCUGAGGAUGAUGUGGGAGACAAGGCCCCUAAGAGGCUCAAACCCAUCAAAAAAGUGCCCAAAACUGAGCCACUGGCUUCCAAGACGGUGAAGACCCGGCCCAAGAAGAAGACCUCUGGCGGGGGUGACUCGGCUUGAGGUCUCGACCCCUCAGGCCACAGAGCCCUGCUCCACACUGUGCCCGUAGCCCCUGUGUCUCAGGCCCAGGGCCCCUCAGACGGCUGUUUCUGGUGCCUGCCCAGAGGCCACUUGUUUGGAAGGGCUUGGAAAAGAGGAGGGAGGUCCUGUUGGGGGGGUGGGGUUUGAAGGUAGAGGCUGGGCCUGGAGCUGAGGGCUGAGCCACCCACGGAGGUGGGGGCUCCUCAGAACCUGAACUGCCAUUGUCCCCACUCCAGCUCUGUGUGCCCACCCAGUGCCUUGCUGAAAGCCAUGGCCAUCAGCUUCUCUGCGGUCCUACUGUGCACCUACUGCUCUCCCUGGGUCGGGGACAGUCAUAGCCCCCAUGGACCAGAGCCGGGCCUGCAGGCACCUGGGGAGGGCGGGAGUGGGAAGCCUCGGGGAAGCAGGGGCUCCAGGCCAUGGCCCGGAAGGGAGGACAGGGCCUUAGUGUGUGCUUAAGUGACCCGACGGCCAGGCCGGAGCUGGAGCUGGGGCAUUGGAUGAACUGUGUGCUACGUGUCCCCACUAAACAGAGGUGGGGCCCCAGGGGUGUGCGUAUGAGCGUGUGUGUGUUUGUGGGUCUAGGGCUGUGGGUAUUUGGGGUAAAGGACUUUCCCUCCAGCAGUGACCUCCUCCCGCCCUCAGCCCUCCUUCCUAGUCUCUGAGCCUCAGAGGACUACAGCCCAUGCGGUAAUGGGGCUGCCAGGAGCCGCUCACCUCCUUCUCUGCCCUCAGUUCUUUUUUGCCUCUUCCUUUCCUGCCCCUGGACUGGCUCCUCUACGCCUCAGGGCCCACAGUAGAGGCCCCUGGGAGCCAGCUCCUUUGCUCCACACCCAGAGGCCCAUCCUCCUUUCUCCCAGGGUCCUCUCCUGUGCCCAGCAGACUAGGCCCCAUGUGAGCAGACCCUGUCAGAGCCCAGCCUGUGCUCCACACCCUGCCCCAGCUUCUGCCGCCAUCUCAGUCAGAGCCAGGAGGAAUGUGCGAAGAAGAAAAAGAAAUUCAGGAGCCAAGGGUCUCCCAGUUUGGUGGAGAGCGGGUGCGCAUUGGACCUCUGGCACUGGAUGAGCCAAUAAACCAAACUCUGGCACUUGACUAA